AUGUCACGGAGAAAUGAAACUACAGACGAAAGAGAACAACGUCUCACAUUACUUCGAGAAAAUUAUCAUCAAAGUCGAAAUAAUCAGACUGAAGAGCAGCUUAAUGAUUCUAAAGAAACGGACCGAAUCAGAAAAAGAUUGCAAAGAAAAAGAAAGACAAAUGAACAGGCAGAUGAUAGAAGAAUACAAAAUGCAAUAAGAAUGCGUGAUCUUCGACUAAAUGAACAAAUGGAGGCUCAAGUUUCUAAAACAACUGUAUAUUCUGUUCGUCAAAAACGUCGGGAAAAAUACAGUCUUGAACAAGAGGCGUUUCAUUAUAAUCCUACUAGAAAUUAUUUUGAACAUUCAAGUAUAGUGAUCGGAAGAAUGAAUGAAGUAUGCAAAUUUUGUGAAGCUAAAAAAUUCAAAGGAGAAACGCAAAGUAUAUGCUGUUCAAGUGGCAAAAUUAAAUUACCAGAGUUAAAAUCACUGCCACCGGAAUUUCUAGAAUAUAAGAAAGGAGAAACACAAAAUUCUAAAGAAUUCUUACAACAAAUUAGAAAUUACAAUGCAUGCUUUCAAAUGACUUCAUUUGGAGCAACUGCAGUAAUUGAAGAAAAAGGAUUUAAUCCAGUAUUUAAAAUACAGGGACAAGUAUAUCAUAAAAUUGGAUCAUUAUUGUCACUCCCAAAUAAUACUCCGAAGUUUUUACAAAUUUACUUUGUAGGAAAUGAAGAAGACGAACUGGAUCAAAGGCUUUCAAAUUUUAUAGAAUUGCGUCGAGAUAUAAUUCUUCAUUUACAGCGCUUUCUACAUGAAAAUAAUGAAUUGAUAAAGAUAUUUAAGACUGCGAUGGAAAAAAUGGUUUCGGAUAGUUAUAAAAUAAUAAUUCGGGCAGAUAAAAAGCCAAUUGGCGAACACGAAAGACGUUUUAAUGCACCUCAAGUAAAUGAAAUAGCCGUAGUUAUGGUGGGCAAUGAAAGUAGUUAUAGGGAUAUUGUGGUACAACGAAGAAGUAAUAAGUUGGAACGCAUCGCUGAAACUCAUCACAUGUAUGACGCCUUACAGUAUCCACUAAUAUUUUGUCAUGGUGAAGACGGUUACCAUUUUAAUAUUCAGCAUGUUGAUCCACAAACAAAUAGCUUCUUCCAAGGAAUUUUACGCAUAUCGGAUAAUGGAGAGAGUGAAUAA